AUGGCGUGGUCGGGGCGCGGCGGGACGCGGCGCGGAGCCCGGCGGCUGCUGUGCGCGCUGCUGCUGUCUCUCGGCCGCUGGGUGGGCGGCGACGCCCUCCCGGGAGGCGACCCCGCGGGCACCCCGGCCGAGCCGCCGCCACACCGUCGUUUCGAGUACAAGUACAGCUUCAAGGGACCUCACCUGGUGCAGAGCGAUGGCACCGUGCCCUUCUGGGCCCACGCGGGGAAUGCUAUUCCAAGUGCAGAUCAGAUUCGAAUAGCGCCAUCAUUAAAAAGCCAGAGAGGGUCUGUGUGGACAAAGACCAAAGCCGCCUUUGAGAACUGGGAAGUGGAGGUGACAUUUCGAGUGACUGGAAGAGGUAGAAUUGGAGCUGACGGCCUAGCAAUUUGGUAUACAGAAAAUCAAGGCUUGGAGGGCCCUGUGUUUGGAUCCGCAGAUAUGUGGAAUGGUGUUGGAAUAUUUUUUGAUUCUUUUGACAACGAUGGAAAGAAAAAUAAUCCUGCUAUAGUAAUUAUAGGCAACAAUGGACAGCUUCAUUAUGACCAUCAAAAUGAUGGUGCCACUCAAGCUUUAGCGAGUUGCCAGAGGGAUUUUCGUAAUAAGCCGUAUCCCGUCCGGGUAAAAAUUAUGUAUUACAAGAAGACACUGACAGUGAUGAUCAAUAAUGGCUUCACACCAGAUAAAAAUGAUUAUGAAUUUUGUGCCAAAGUGGAGAACAUGGUUAUCCCCACGCAAGGGCACUUUGGAAUAUCUGCAGCCACCGGGGGUCUUGCAGAUGACCAUGAUGUUCUUUCUUUCCUGACUUUUCAAUUGACUGAGCCUGGAAAAGAGCCACCUACGCCAGAUAAAGAGAUUUCAGAAAAAGAAAAGGAAAAGUAUCAGGAAGAAUUUGAGCACUUCCAACAAGAAUUGGACAAAAAAAAGGAGGAAUUCCAGAAGGACCACCCUGACCUCCAAGGGCAGCCUGCGGAUGACAUAUUUGAGAGUGUAGGAGAUCGUGAGCUGAGACAAGUCUUUGAAGGACAGAACCGCAUUCACCUGGAAAUCAAGCAGCUGAACCGACAGUUGGACAUGAUUCUGGAUGAGCAGAGGAGAUACGUGUCUUCCCUGACGGAGGAGAUCUCCAGGAGAGGAGCAGGGGCGCCAGGGCACCACGGGCAGAUCACUCAACAGGAGCUGGACACCGUGGUCAAAACUCAGCAUGAGAUUCUGAGACAAGUCAAUGAAAUUAAGAACUCCAUGACUGAAACUGCCAGACUGGUCAGUGGCAUCCAGCACCCCAGCUCUGCGGGCGGCUACGAGAGCACGCAGCACUUCAUGGACAUCAAGGAGCACCUGCAUGUCGUGAAGCGGGACAUAGAGAACUUGGUUCAGCGGAAUGUGCCAUCCAAUGAAAAACCAAAGUGCCCAGAACUCCCUCCUUUCCCAGCCUGCCUGUCCACAGUCCACUUUGUCAUAUUCGUGGUGGUGCAGACGGUGUUGUUCAUUGGCUAUAUCAUGUACAGGACGCAGCAGGAAGCAGCUGCCAAAAAAUUCUUUUGACCACCAUGUUCAUAUAUGUACAUCAUCUUGAAGCUUCCCCUGAGCCCCAGCACUGACCAGGGCUGACCGCGGUGAAAGUGCGUCGGUGCUCCUCAGAGAUGAUCCCGGACCACGGGGCCACAGAUGCUUACCGAGCCCUUCCAGGGCCCUGCGCCAAGCCAUCUACUCCCAAGCCUGGGCGCAUCGGUAUCCCUGUGUCACAGGCCCCUGGGGUGAUUCUCGGUGAUUCCCCUGGCGACUGAGACCUGCGGAGAUGAGCGAGUAAAAGCAGCCGACCAAGCUGUGUCUGCUCUCCGUGGAAUUGCACCAGCACACCGUUCCUUUCACAUAAAUUAACCCUGUGCUGCCCGUGCCUCUUGGCACUUAAACUCGGCAAAUCAUCCUCCCAUCGGGGGUCACGAGAAGGCCCAUCCUGACACCACCCGCCGAAGCGUGCUGCUCUUCUGAUCGUGGGCACUGCACCUCCCACAGCUGUUGUGUUUGAUAACUUGGGGAAAACAGAAAUCACUUGAGGGCUACAGAGACCGCUGUUUGUAAAGAGCAGAAGUAACAGUCGUGACCAUGAAGAUGUGCAUCCUGCCCUGCCCGUCCAUACAUCCGUCUGUCCGUGUGCUUGCUAAAGGAAGAUGGUGGACAGAUUACUAUGUCAGGAAUCUUAGAAGAUCUUGUCGAAGAUCCUCAUGGGCAACUGUUUAAAGCUGUGUGUUGCCUGUUUAAUAUAUCUCUUUUUAUGAUACUACUUAAAAGGUUAAAAGGAUUUUCUAUGCACUGUCAAUUUCAAUUGGAUAACAUUUUGUCAAGUUUCUUUUCUGAUUGUUAAUUUGACACUAGCAGAAACUUAAAAAAAGUGACAAUGACCUUAUUCAAAUAAAGAACUAUUUUAGUAAA